UAAGUUGUGUCGUUGCUACUUGACUUGUGAGCUUAUCUGAAACCCUAGAGUUACGUCCCUUCCUUCAUUUCUUCAUCCCUCUUUCUGCGAACAGGCCAAUACGAAUCUCGCCGACCUUUCUCUCUCAUAUAUUACUUUUUCACCAAGCUAUAAUCUUUCAACCAAUUCACACCCUAAUAUAAGAAUUCUAAUGAACACCAAAGUCAUCGCCUCUAUAUCGUCGCCGUCUCUUCCCUUUCUGCCCAAAAUCCUACAUUUUUGAGCCUUUCAGAGACGGCGACUUCAUCACACACCGAUCGAUCCAUCUAUUGAUUGAUCAUCUUCAUCAAAAUCUAUCUAAAUUUCCUGAUUUUGCUUCAGCCUUUAUAGUUUGUUUAUCUUCUUUAAAAGGUGUAGUAUUGGUUAGAGCUGUAAUUACUAUAUGAUAGUAUUAGAAAUUUGUCGACUUCAAGUGAUGGCAGGAAGACGGCCGAAUAAGGAGGUGAAGUUGAUUUCAAAACAUGGACAUGCAAUUUCUUCAGCAUCUAGUUCUAAUAGAUUGUACAUUACCCCGAGUAGUUAACUUUUAGGCUGACUAGUGUAAAUAAGAAUAACCGUGUAGAUAAAAUGGCAUCGAGGUUGGUGAAAGUCUCAACAAAUGGUCGUAGGAUUAUUGUUGAUUCAAAGAGGAAAAUAGUAACCCAAUGCAGGGCUCAGAUAGUUGGUGCUAACAAGUCAUCGGGUGUGAAUGUGAAGCCUGCAUUGAACAAGCUUGGAAAGAGAAAGAAAGCAAACGAAUGCAAAAGCAAAUGUUGCUCUUGCUCAAGGAAAACUUUAGUGAAAAACUACUCAAAUUUUAUGAAGAGUGGACUGCCGCAACGCUUGCUGUUUUCUCAAGAUGGUCAGUGGGUUGACUUCUCCCAAGAAAUCAUUGAGUUGGUCAAAGAAGACUUCCGUUCAAAAAAGGUGGCAAUUGACGUGAAGACUAAUGGGUGUCAUUUCAUGCUAGACAUUUUGUAUAUGAUUCAGGUAGAUCUGAAAACUGGUGCCCAGAAGCCAAUUGCGUGGAUUGAUGAUGCUUCUAACUGUGUCUUCCCUGAGUUGUAUUCAAGUUGUCAUGGUAAUCAUGAAUGCAACUUGUCGGAAGCACAAAAGGAUUUAGAUGUUGGCGAGUCUUCUGUGACCCCUGAAAUUAAGUUGCAUUUGGAGAUUGAGCUUAAUGGAUUAAAUAACAAUAAGCUUGAGGAAUGUGUGGGUGAGUCGAAUUAUAAGAAGAUUAAAGUUGACCAUGAAGGUCAAAGAGACAACUGUGAUGUUGAUAUGAAUGACAAUAAUAACCUUGUUGAUGAAAUUCAAAAGAGUGACGAGUAUGUCUCCCCAGUUUUUGGAACCAAUUGCGGAACCGUGGAUGUGGAAACUGGUAAAAAUAUGUUUGUUACUGGUCUAAACGACAUGAAAGUUGACAUUGUUGAUGUCAAGAAAUGCUCUAGUAGCUUAGUGGAAGCAAGGUUGGAACUGUUCGAGAAGCAGAUUGAAAUUACCCAAAAGCUACGUGGCAAGGCGAAUGUGCAAUUUGCUUGGCUUGCUGCUGCAGGAAAUGCCCCAUCUAGCAUGUUUUUUUAUGGGCAUAAUGGGCCAAAACUGGGGAAGUAUGGCUACGGAAUUCAUCUUGCAGCUGUUCAGUCUGCCAACAGCAGUGCUACAAUUUGUGAUGUUGACGAAAAAGGAAUAAGGCAUAUGGUAUUAUGCCGUGUGAUCUUGGGCAAUACGGAACUUCUUCAUCCUGGGUCCAAACAGUUUUAUCCAAGCGAUCAGCAAUUUGAUAGUGGUGUUGACGAUCAGCAAAAUCCAAAUCAUUAUGUCAUUUGGAACAUGAAUAUGAAUACACACAUUUACCCGGAAUGCAUAGUCAGUUUCAAGAUGUCUCCGGCCAUCAAAGGAAAUCUUGUUGCCGAAGAAAGUCGGUUGGAUAUCUCAAGAGUCACUACGACCCAUGAUGCACAUAGACCUUUACACCUGGAUUCUUCUUCGAGUAAAACGGGGAAACAAUGUCUACCAUCGGAAGCAAUGAAGCUGCCGCCUUCAGAGAAGGUUCCUAGUGUUGGUUCGAGCACACCUAAAGAUCCUAAAUCUCCAUGGAUGCCGUUUUCUAUGUUGUUUGAAGCUAUCUCUGCUAAAGUAGCCCCAAAUGAUAUGAGAUUGCUGCAUAUCUUUUAUGAAUCUUUUAGGGCCAAGAAAAUGAAUCGUGAAGAGUUUAUUAGGAAGUUGCGAUCUGUAGUUGGCGAUCAGAUACUAAGGUCUACAAUAUCCAGCCUCCAGUGCAAGCAUGUUGCGACUUCUGCAAGCUUGUCGGAAGAGAAGGAAGUGCAAGAAGGUUGAAAAAGUUCAAAAACUUGAAACCUUCUUUGACGUUUGUUUUCGUAUGCAACUGAUGCCAGUAGAUUUAUGUUUUGAUCACGCUUCAUAAACUAGUUGCUUUAAAAUUGGCGAUACUUUUGUUAUAAGUUGGUUGGAUGUGUAAUCAUGCAUGCAAGGAUUUGAAUUAGUAAAGCGGCUAGCUUUUGUUUGUC